UGCUUAGUAGCUCAGGCAGGUUCCCGAUGAGGACUGCAGCGCCUCGUCCUGACCACGGACAGCGCGGAGGUCUCGGCAGGGGCAGGAAGUGAGUCUGCUCCGUCAGGAGGCGGCUGCGGCGGCGGUAACCUAAGUGUCUGAGAGCCCCGGGAUCUCCGACGCCCCUCCUUCCCCACUCCCUCCCAACCCUUGCUUAGUCCAGGAGGUUCCAGCCGAAGAGCAGGGAUGGAUCUUCACAAGCCGAUGGCUACUCGCCGCUACCAAGUGCUUCAUAAUGAAGAUGAUAAUUCAGAAUCACCUGCUGCUGAGCUACCUUCACCUUCAACACAGAUAGCACGAACUUCUCCUUCUGCACCCAUACUUGAACCUGAGGCUUCUCCUCCACCAUACAGUAGCAUUAGUGUGGAAGCUGCUGCUGCUUCAGAAACAGAAACUCACAGCGAAUUUUAUCCUGUGCCACCACCCUACAGUGUAGCUACCUCUCUUCCUACAUAUGAUGAAGCAGAGAAGGCCAAAGCUGCUGCAAUGGCAGCUGCUGCAGCAGAACCAUCUCUGAGACACGGACAGUUUAGGGAGUCUAGGAGUCUAUUUGAUGAAAUAUUCCUGCACUCACCAGAGGAAGAAGAGUUUCCUCCAAGAGAUGACUUCAGUGAUGCAGAUCAACUUAGAGUGGGCAAUGAUGGUAUCUUCAUGCUGGCAUUUUUCAUGGCAUUUAUUUUCAACUGGAUUGGAUUUUGUUUAUCCUUCUGUAUAACUAAUACCAUUGCUGGAAGGUAUGGUGCCAUCUGCGGAUUUGGUCUUUCAUUGAUCAAAUGGAUCCUCAUUGUUCGGUUUUCUGAUUUUUUUACUGGUUACGUCAAUGGACAAUACUGGCUUUGGUGGAUAUUUCUUGUCCUUGGCCUCCUCCUUUUCUUCAGAGGAUUUGUCAAUUAUCUUAAAGUCAGAAACAUGUCUGAAAGUAUGGCAGCUGCUCAUAGAACAAGAUUUUUCUUCUUGUAUUAGUGACUGCAUCGACCAGACAUUCCUUUCCUAUACCAAUGUGAAAUUUCCAGAUGAUCUAUAAGCCUCCAACCUAAUAAGAUAGAAGACUCCUAACAACAGAAGACCAAUUAGAGACGAAAAUAAAUUGAGUGACAGGGUGGUUUAUGCUUAAAUGCCAUUUCUGUUCAUUCUGUUAAAUAUUUGUUACCUUUGUUUUUUGCACAUUUGCAUAUGUUUCAUUUAAAAGGCAAGAAUUCAAAUGAAAAAACAAUUCAUAUAAUUGAGUAGAAAUAAGAUGUAAUUAGACAUCAUUAAUCAGUGUUCAUGUACCUGAAAGACUUGAGUAAUAAACUCUCUUAUAGCAUGUAUGUACCACUGAUAUGUUGAUCUGAAGUUUAGUUGCAUAAAAAAUAAAUUUACUAAACAAUUCAGAUUAGGUAGGUCAGACUCUUAAUUAGUUUUAUCAAUAGAUUCAUCUAGUGAUUAUACACAUAGAAUAUCCUUUGUUAUAAAGUUUGCUAGAACUUUCAAUGCUGACUAUUAGAGGAGUUGUCAAGUUUUGACCAAGGUAUUACUUCAACUACCAAAACUCUUUCCCUCUGUAAAUAACCAUGCAUUAAUAUUUUUUCAGAUUAGUUUCUUAGGCAUUAUGUCCAGAUCUUUUACUAUUCACUUAAAAUUGUUUACUUUUAAUAAAUAUGGAAUAUAUGUCAAUCCAUAGACAUAUCUAUAGAUAGAUAUAAAUAUUUUGGGUGUUGAGACAUAGAUUGUUUUGGAACAAAACUUCAGAGGGGGGGUAAGUGUACCCAAUGACUCUGGACAAAUUUUCUUUCAAGUUUCAAUGAUAACUAAGGGAGGAACUUGGUUUGUAGUACUAUCCAUAUUAUUUGAACAGUGGUUUCUUUUAGAGAUUAACAUCACAUCUGUUUGUUAAAUUAAUUUUUUGAAAAUUAUCUUUUAAUUGUAUCACUUUCAUUUUGAAAAAAGAGCAGGCUUGAUAGAUAUAGAUGUACUUUUAGUAAGUAAUAAAAACUUUUUUCUUUAGGUGUUUAUUUAAACUUAGCUAACAAAUAAAGGCCUGUACUAUAAAUAGCUUCUUGCUUCAUAGUAAUGGUGUUAAGUUUUGAGAAAAUCAUCUCUUGCAUCUAGAUGUAUAAAACUUAUGAGAAUUAUCAAUGGCCUUCGUGCCAUACUUUAAGAAUACACUUUCUCAGCCAUCACCAACAACUGGAAUCCAGGUUGCAGUCAUAAGUUAAUGUAUUUUGCACCUUUCAAAAACAUUUCUCAUUAGUUUUUAAUUUUUUAAUUAUAAUUUUACUUUUUUAAUGUUAAAAAUGGUGGAGUCUGUGUCAAAUCCUCAAAAUUAACUUUAACGUUAUAUCUAUGUGGGACAUAAAAAUGUCAAAUAUUGAUCAUUUGGUUUAUUAUACUCUGAAGGCUACUAAAAAGUGAAUAAAACUAUUCAGAAAGACA